AUGAGUCUUGAGGAAUUUGAUGCAUUCACAUCCUUAAAAGCUUUAAGAGAUCUGAAAAAGUAGAUUGAAUCGAAGGCCCAAGUGGACUAGAAAUCAAGAGCUGCAUUACAAUACAUCUAGAAAGCACAACCUUUAAGUUAAUAUGAUUUGAGAAUACAAUUUCAGCAUUGGCUAGCAAAGUUAGGAGAUUUAAGCACCAAAUAAAUUGCGUAUACUAAUAUAUUUUCAUUGGUCUAAUAAAAUCAAUCUUAACCGAAUCUUUAACUAUUGAUAACUUGUCUCUAAACACCAAUAAAUGGCAAAGGGAGUGAAAGCAUCAUCAAAACUAUUAACAUUAUUGUUGGAAUAUAUGGAGACACAAUUACCGUCACAGACAUUUACAAAUUCAUCGAAAUUAUGCUUAAAUACUUUAAUGAUUCUAACAAUAAUGUUCAAAUGGCAAUCAGUGAAUGUUGGUCAAAUACUUACAUCAAAAAUAUAUCCAAAAAGCCAGUUCAAUAAAGAGUUUUGCUGAUGUACUCUACUCUAAGCUAAUUAAUUGGAUCUGGAGGCAGCAGACAAACAUAAGAAACUGCAACCAUAGUCCUGUCAUAAUUAUUUGAAACAUUGACUACUGCUUAGGAUUUAGCAUUUAUAAAGGAUGUGGUUAAAGAUUACCUAGGCAUUUAUUUGAAAUAACAAAUAGACCAUUCCGGAUUUUACACCAUUAUGUUUUAUAUCAUAAAGACCUUAUAAAUAUAAAGUUUCACAAGCUAGUAGAUCCAGGUUAUCGAUAAGACUCUUCAAGGAAUUAAUAACUAAAAGCUCAAUUAUAGAACUAGAGUGGGAGCAUUGAAUUUGAUGAAAUUAAUUGCCACUUAGUACUAGAACUCUAAUUUCAAAAUUGCUUUAGGGAAUUUACAUGAAUAAGUUAUCAUAGUAUUGGAAGAUUCAACGAGGGAUAGAGUAAUUGCAGUUUAAAAUGCAGCUCGAACAGCUCUUAAAGAAUGGAUGAGACUUAAGUUGUCUGUGGAUUGCGAAUUAAUGCCUAAUCCUGUUUCUCUUGAUUUAUCUCCUGGUUUCUUAAAAAAAUAAAGUGGGUCUGGAGGUGGACAGGUUUAUGUAAAUCAAAAAAUACAGAAUUAACAACAAUUUAAAUAAGAUAUUAAGCAAGCUUUGAUUGAAGAUCAAUUCGAAAAUACUGUUGAUUACUCUAAUAUUGUUCAUGAACCUAAUCUCAACGUGUGGCAAAAGGCUAUGAGACUUUAAUAGGAUGGUUUAUUAGAAGAUGCUGUUGAACUUUUGCUUCAUGAAGGCGAUGAUCUUUAUUUGAUCAGAUUUUUGAUGAGUUACAAAAAUUACUCUCAAUUAUUUGAUCUUCUUUCAAAUUCUUUAGCUUUGAGAUUAAUUGACACUUUAAUUUUAAUCUUGGAAUCUGAUUUCCUUAACAUUUUAUGUUUGGAUUUCAUUCAGUAAUUUAUCGAUUGUGGAUUGGGAGAUUGGUUUAAAGACUCUGAGUUUACAGAUUACUUAGAAUAUAACACCGAAUAAAACUUGCCAUCCACUUCAUUGUGUAAAAAAGUUAGAGACUAAUUGAAGUGA